AUGGCCAAGACUUGGUCGGACAGCGGCAAUAUGCCUGACAGCAUCCCUCUCACGAAUGGUACGUCUACGUCAGCAGAUCUAUCCACACUGGACGAUCUACGGGAACGUGUCGGAAACUCUGUGUCGAAUCUAUGGUCGUUGCUCGAUGCCAUCAGGGCGCCUUUGCCAACACAGACCGGAGAUGGCUCAGAUUUACCCAAACCGCAGCGAGACUCGGCUCUCUACGAUCUCAAGACCAUACUCCGUGAUAUCAGCACUCUUGGGUUUGACCGCGUCGAAGAUCUGGCGGAAGUAGUGAAGCACUCGUCUCUUGAUCAGCCAAUCGACGACAAGACCUACCUCAUGGAACGUCUCAUCCAGGCCGCUGCAUGUCUCCCUGAUGACCUAGUCAGCAAGAACAUCACCAACACUUUCAUCACCACUCUAUGGAACGACCUUCAGCACCCUCCCCAGAUGCUGCUGAGCGACGAGUUUAUCUACCGUCAGCCGGAUGGCAGCAAGAACAACUACAUGUGCCCCCAGAUCGGUGCAGCCGGCAUGCCGUACGCGAGGACUGUCCCUCCCAAGUCGCUUAGAGGUGGAGCAAUGCCAGACCCUGCGGUGCUCUUUGAUACUGUCCUAGCCAGGAAGUCACCGGAAGGCACAGAGCAUCCAAACAAGAUUUCAAGCAUGCUCUUCUACCUAGCCUCCAUCAUCAUCCACGAUGUCUUCAAGACCAACAGACACGACUACAACGUCUCCGACACAUCUUCGUAUUUGGAUCUCGCUCCUCUCUACGGCAGUACUUGGGACGAUCAGAAGCGCAUGAGGACGUUCAAGAACGGCAAGAUCAAGCCGGACUGUUUCUCAGAAACUCGUCUGCUGUCCUUUCCGCCUGGUGUCGGAGCCUUACUCAUCAUGUUCAAUCGCUACCACAAUUAUGUCGUGGAGCAGCUUGCCUUGAUCAACGAGGACGGCCGCUUCUCGGAGAACCCGAGGAAGCCCAAUGUCGAGAGGUAUGGCGAGAGCAUCAAUCGACGGGACGACGAUCUAUUCCAGACAGGGCGUCUCAUCACUUGCGGCCUGUACGUGAAUAUCAUCUUGAUUGACUACGUCCGCACCAUCCUCAACCUAAACCGGACCGACGAUAACUGGGCACUCAACCCCCGGGUGGAUAUUUCAGAUGGUCCUCCCACCGGCACCGGCAACCAAGUCUCCUGCGAGUUUAACCUGGUGUAUCGAUGGCACUCAGCAGUCUCUGAGCGCGACGACAAAUGGACACAUGCUCUCUUCCACCAGAUGUUCCCGAAGCUGAAGCCUUCCGAGAUCGCCACGAAAGACGGCCUGAGACAGCUCUUCACCAAGCUCGCAGAGGAUGAGAAGAAAUUGACGGAUGCGCAACCAGAAGAGCGGCCGUUCCCAGCUCUUGAUUCAGAACGACUCUCGCGCAUCAAGGAUGGGCCGUUCAAGGGCAAUUACAGCGACAACGACUUGGCGAAGAUCAUCACUGCGGGCAUCGACGACUGUGCCAACGCUAUGGGCCCACAGCAGGUUCCGGCUGUCAUGAAAGCUAUUGAGAUCUUGGGCAUCAUGCAAGCCAGGACUUGGAGGGUCGCUACGCUCAACGAAUUCCGCGAGCACUUUGCACUUGAGCGUCACAAGACCUUCGAGUCGAUCACGACAAACAAGGAGGUUGCGGAAGCACUCAAGCAUCUCUACGACACACCAGAUGAGGUCGAGCUGUACCCUGGGCUUAUUGUCGAGGAUGCCAAAACGCCUAUGCUGCCUGGUUCGGGUCUGUGUCCUUCAUACACCAUCAGUCGUGGUGUGCUCUCCGAUGCGGUAGCUCUCGUCAGAGGCGACCGCUUCUAUACUUCGUCGUACACGCCAGCCGCGCUCACGAGCUGGGGCUUCCAGGAAGCUUCGUCAGAUCUCAGCAUCGACAACGGCUGCGUCUUCUACAAGCUCUUCCUGCGAGCAUUGCCGAACAACUUCGACCCGGCAUCACUGUACGUGCACUAUCCACUCACCAUCCCUGACGGCCCAGACGGCAUGAAAGAUGUGCUCCAAAGGCUAGGCAAAGCGCACAAGUACAACUUUGACAAACCAGCCCCUGUCAAGCAGCCUGCAGUCGUUUUCACCCACGCCGCCGCCAAAGCAAUCCUCAACGACCAAGACUCCUUUCACGUCACAUGGGGCAAAGCAAUGGAGUUCCUCAUGGGUCCGGCAGCAAAGAACUUCAUGCUCGCCGGCGACGGCCCAGCAAAUGCCGCUUCAAGACAGCUGAUGAAGGGAGUACUAUACAACGGCGAGCCCAGCAGUGGCAUCCCCUUUGGCAACGAGAAGUGGCUCGCGGCCGUCCGAGACUUCUACGCCGAAACCACGACCAACCUCCUCAAACAGAAGAGCUACAAGCUCGCCGGCGUGAGCCAAGUCGACCUCAUCCGCGACGUGGGCAAUCUCGCCCACGUCCACUUCGCAGCAGAAAUGUUCUCCGUCCCGCUCAAGACCGCGGACUUCCCUCGCGGCAUUUUCACCGAGUCCCAACUCUACCUUAUAUGCGCCGCCAUCUUCAUCUGCAUCUUCUUCGACAUCGACCCGCCGAAGUCCUUCCCGCUGCGGCAGAAGGCGUAUGAGGCUACGCAGAUGCUGGGGAAUGUGAUGCAAGUCCAAGUCGCAGCGAUCAAGAAUACGGGCGCGGUGGCGGAGACGCUUAUUGAAGCCAUUAAGCCUACGUCCAGGCCGUUGAAGGAUUACGGCGUACACAUGAUUGCGCAGCUCUGCAAGAAGGAUUCAAGCGUCGCCGACAUCGUCUGGGGCAACAUCAUGGGUACGCUGGGUGGGAUGGUAGCGCCGCAGGGCCAGCUAUUCGGACAGAUGAUGGAUUUCUAUCUCGGCGAAGGAAAGGAGCAUAUGCCAGAGGUCGCCAGGCUCGCGAAGCAAGACACCCCAGCCGCCGACGAGAAACUGACAAAGUACGCGCUCGAAGGCAUCCGCCUCGCCGCCGAGACAGGCGUGAUGCGCGAAGCGCAAAAGUCCAUCACCAUUGUCGACAACAACAACAUCCCCGGCUACCCGCAGGAAUUCCACUUCCAGCCCGGCGACCGCAUCAUGGUGAACCUCAAAGCCGCCUCCCGCGACCCGCGAGUCUUCCCCAACCCAGACAAACUCGACCUCACCCGCCCGAUCGAAGCUUACAUCCAACUCGGCGACGGACCGCAUCAAUGCCUCGGGCAGCCGAUGACGCGGGUGGCGCUGACGACGAUGCUGAAGACGGUCGCGAAGCUGGACGGGUUGCGUGCGGCGACGAUGAUGGUGGGGCGGGAUCCGUUCGCGGAGAGUCGGGUGAAGAAGGUGGUGAAGGAGUUUGUGCCGGGGGAUUUGGAUGUGAUUCCCGAGGAGUGGCAUUAUCAUGCUUUCUUGACGGAGAAGUGGGAUAUGUAUUUUCCGUUUCCCACUAGUAUGAAGGUGAAUUGGGAUGGCGGUGUUUGA